GAGCUUUGACUAUCAUCCCCUUCCUUUUUUUGUGAUCCAGUUUCAACCACCAGAGACCAGACCCUGGGAAGUGGAACUCCUCAAAGAGAAAUAGAGAUGAAAGUCUUUUUGAGUAGUUCCACCCCCCAGAGGGAAAGAGAGAGGGAGGAAGAGAGAGUAUAGGAGGUGGGCUGUAACAGCGGGAGAGUCAAUCAUUUGAGCCCAGCCUACUGUAUACCACAAUACCAGGGAAGGAGAGAGGGAGUGAGGGUGAGGGUGAAUGAGAGUGACACCUCAGCCGAACUGUGUGUUUAGAGCUCUGCAAUCCCAGAGACAAGCACAGCUGAUGUGUGGAUUACCACAGCAAUUCUCACUGGAGCUGUUUUUGGAAAAUGCUGGGCUUCUCUUCCUCUUCAGCUGUUGAAGCCGAGCUGCCCUGGUCAACUGUGAGUUGUGACGUGGAAAUGUCCAGGAGCAACAAUGGCUCAGCCGCGAAGUGGUAGGCCACACAGGCUCACAGAAAGGGACUGCCGAUUGGUGAAGCAUGAAGCGCGUAAAAUCAUCUGUCCUCGGGUGCAACACUCACUACCGAGUUCCACACUGCCUCUGGAAGCAACGUCAGCACAAGAACCGUUUGUCUGGAGCUUCAUGAAAUGGGUUUCCAUGGCUGAGGAGCCGCAAACAAGCCUAAGAUCACCAUUUGCAAUGCCAAGCGUUGGCUGGAGUGGUGUAAAGCUUGCCGCCAUUGAACUCUGAAUCACAUUUCCCCAUCUGGCAGUCCGACAGACAAAUCUGGGUUAGGUGGAUGCCAGGAGAAUGCUACUUACCCUAAUGCAAAGUGCCAAGUGUAAAGUUUGGUGGAGGAGGAAUAAUGAUCUGGGGCUGUUUUUGAUGGUUCGGGCUAGGCCCCUUAGUUCCAGUGAAGGGAGAUCUUAACGCUAAAGCAUACAAUGACAUUCUAGACAAUUCUGUGCUUCCAACUUUAUGGCAACAGUUUGGGGAGUGUCCUUUCCUGUUUCAGCAUGAUAAUGCCCCCGUGCACAAAGCGAGGUCGAUACAGAAAUGGUUUGUUGAGAUUGGUGUAGAAGAACUUGACUGGCCUGCACAGAGCCCUGACCUCAACCCCAUUGAACACCUUUGGGCUGAAUUGGAACAACACUUAAUCACCCAACAUCAGAUCAGUGCUUGACCUUACUAAUGCUCUUGUGGCUGAAUGGAAGCAUAUCCCUGCAGCUAUGUUCCAACAUCUAGUGGAAAGCCUUCCCCCGGAGAGUGAAAACUGUUAUAGCAGGAAAUGGGGGACCAACUCCCUAUUAAUGGCCAUGAUUUUGGAAUGAGCGAUGGAGUACCUGGUGAGUGAACUGAACGUGUUGCUGAAGCUGCUGGACCAUGAGAGUGUGAGCACAGCCACAGCAGAGAAGAUGAGUGUGAUCCGGAGCCUACUGGGGCAGCUGCAGCCAUCAGUGAAUGGAUCAGACUUCGUAUACAUGAACACUUCCCUUUAUGGAAAUGGAACCAGCUUUGUGGAAUCUUUGUUUGAGGAAUUGGAUUGUGACCUGCAUGAGCUCAGAGCCUCCCCAGAAGAACUGAAGGAUCAGGUAGAGGAGAAAACCUCCAAAAUACCGCCGUCGAAAAGUCCCACUGACACCCCCCCUCCUCUGCCAACCACCCCUCCACCAGAGGACUACUAUGAGGAGGCAGUGCCCCUGGACCCUGGCACGGUGCCCCAGUACAUCACCAACAUCGCCACAUGCAUCGGCUCAAGUCCCCCAAAUUCCAUUGAAGAUGCAUACUAUGAAGACGCUGACAACAACUACCCCACCACCCGAAUCAAUGGCCCGCGCAAGAACUCCUAUGCUGAUUCAGAUGCGCUGAGCAGCUCCUAUGAGUCGUAUGAUGAGGAGGAUGAGGAGGCGAAGGGCCAGGACAGGACUCGGCGGUGGCAGUCAGAGGAGAACUCUGUGGGCCCCAUGAAGGACUGUCGCAUCUGUGCCUUCCUGCUGCGCAAGAAACGCUUCGGACAGUGGGCAAAACAGCUGACCGUUGUCCGUGACAACAGAUUACAGUGCUACAAGAGCAUCAAAGACAGCAGCCCACACAUUGAGCUGCCGCUGAACCUGUGUAACGUCAUCUACAUCCCCAAAGAGGCACGCCGCAAGAAGCACAAGCUGCGUUUCUCCCUGCCUGGGGGAGAGGCCUUGGUGCUGGCUGUCCAGAGCAAGGAACAGGCGGAGCGAUGGCUCAAGGUGAUCCGGGAGGUGGUCAGUCAGGCCAGCAGCAAUGACGGAUUAGAGGGCUCCUCCUCUCCUAUGAUCCAGAGGAAGAAAGAUCUGGACAAGUUACUAGGAGCUGAUAAGCACACCUCCGACUCUGACAGCGUGGCCACUGGUGACAACCUGCCCUCUGGUCAGCUCCGGGACAACUGUGACCAAGGGAAGGGGAAGAGGGGGGCGUUUACAGAGCUGACAGGAUCUAUGAGCAGAGCGGCUGGACGGAAGAUCAACAGGAUCAUCAGUUUCUCUAAGAAGAAGCCUCCUCUCCCAGGAGACACUCUGACCUCUUCCUACCGUGACGACAAUCCCCGCUGUGGUUAUCUGAAUGUGCUUGUGAACCAGUGCUGGAGGGAGAGAUGGUGCUGUGUAAAGGGUGGAACACUGUACCUGCACAAAGAAAGGGGUGACCUGCGUACUCACGUCAGCGCUGUGGUCCUCCAUGGGGCUGAGGUCGUACCUGGACUGGGGCCCAAGCACCCCUUCGCUUUCCGCAUCCUGCAAGGAGGCAACGAGGUGGCUGCAUUGGAGGCCAGCUGUUCAGAGGAGAUGGGCCGCUGGCUGGGGGUCCUGCUGGCAGAGUCUGGCUGCGCCACCACCCCAGAGGCCCUGCACUACGACUAUGUGGACGUGGACACCAUCACUAACAUCACAGACGCAGCAAGACACUCCUUCCUUUGGGCUACCUCCUCCAGUGGCGCCUCCACAGACACCAGAACCUAUGAUGAGGUUCCUUAUGAGGGUGUAUUGCAGCCAGAGGAGCCAGCACCCAGACCAGGAGCUCAGGUGAAACGCCACUCUUCUUUCUCCAGCAGCAGAGAGAUAGAGAAGGCGGAUUCCUUAGUCACCAUAAAGAGACACGGCUCCAGUAAGUCCCCCGAAGAUGCGAAUCAGUAUGUAUCAGGGAAGUAUGGCAAAACACGAGCCGAGGAGGAUGCCAGAAGGUACCUGAAAGAGAAAGAACAGAUGGAGAAGGAGCGAGAGGUCAUAAAAAAUGCCCUACUCAUAUUACGCAAUGAUAGGAAAGAGGUGAAGGAACAACUGAAGGAUGUUACAGGUAAGCAGCAAAAUCAGCUAGAGAAGCGUUUGGCCCAGCUGGAGGAAAGCUGCAGGGGGAAGGAGGGGGAGCGGGUGGACUUGGAGCUGCGUCUCAAUGAGGUGAAGGAGAACCUAAAGAAGUCCCUGGCUGGAGGGGUGCUGGGGCCGCUCACAGUGAGCAAACCCCCCACUAGCAAACCACCCAGAAAGGUCCGCAUCAGUAAAGUUGACAACACAUACACUGAGGCAUCCAUGCCAGUCAACUGUGCUGCGGAGAUGCGGAAGUGCCCCCCAUCCAUCUGUUCAUCUAGCAAGGGGAACGUCAUGCAGAAAGCCAAGGAAUGGGAGUCCAAAAAGGGGACUUAGAGAGACACUGCUCAUUCAGAUGGUCAGUCAAAUGCUUGUUGUCUUGGAACAUGUUGGAGCUGAUUUGAAAAACGAGGAGGGGUGAAGCAGGGACUCCAUUAUCUUCAACUUUUCCACUUCCCUCUUGAGAGCCAAAUAUUUACUGCACAUCGCUGAGCUGAGAAAAUUGUGACAGGGGAAGACAACUCUGGAAUUGUUGAAAAACAUCAUUCAAAGCCCUAUCAGUCACUAGGAAUCACUGAAUGCUCAUUCUGUGGCAUGACACUUGUUUUGUGAUCCAGUAAUUGCUUGUGUUGCAUGUGGUAUUGUUGUUCCUUCAGAGUGUGGAAGAGGAUAUGUUAUGAGGACUCCAUGUGGACACAUCAGGCUGGACUUGAGAUGUUGAGAGGAGAGAUUUUUAGAGGGUGAAUAUGCAUACACAUUAUGCACAUAUCUGCAAGAAUAGAUAAUAAAGGGAAAGAGAAUAUUGCAUUGACUGUGAGAGUUUGUUGUUGGAAUAGUUGCCUAAAAGAGAUACUGUAUCCCAUAGAAAUACCGUUUUAUGCUGUAUCCACUAUGUAAGUCAUUUCAAAACAUGCACUUUCAUUAAGUGCAUCAAACAUUAUUCCAGAUCUUGUUUUAAAACAACUUGUUGGACCACAGACAGAAAAACAGACACAUUAUGACACCUGUAUAAAUGAAUUGUUAUGGAAAUAUGAGACUAAUUAUGUGACUAAACAAUGAUGUUUUCUUAUUAUGUAAUUCACUCACUGUAAUGAGCCUUUUACUUCUGAUGGCUUGUGCACUUUACUUUAUUUCUAUGUGUAUUGUACAUAAAAGCUCUUCAUUGAAA